AUGCAUAGGAAUGAACUGCUUCGGUCGCCAGCACACCAUGGCCCCGAGGCAGGGCCUUCGCACUUCCCUCCUCCUUCCUGCGAGAAGACCAAGAAUUCCCGCCUCCCCGCGGAAGGCGGGAGAAGCACGGGCUUGAUUCCCGCCCCUCCCCCAGUAGGGCAAAACCGCCCGUCCGCAGGCCAGCGUCGGCACCCGUUUCUUAGGACGGCGACCUACACCCACACCGCUGCCGGACAAAGGGCCCCCCGUCGCUCUCCGGAGGGGCGGGUCCUCCUCUCCUUCCCUCAGGAGCCAGGCGCGGCGAAGAGACCGCGAUCUCCUCCCUGCUACACCCUCCCCCAGAGGGGCAGGGAGCAGCGGCAUCGCCCACCCACCUACACAUCCACUUCCCCACACGCACACCCACGGGGCAGGGAGAACCGACGUCGUUCCCAGCCUCUCAGGACACCGAACAGCCGCCCUUUUCCUCAGCAGGUUGAGGGGCACCUACUGCCCGCCGACGUGGAGGUGGGGGCAGGGACACUCUCCCCCCCUCCCGCCACCAUCACCUCAGGAACGAAAAACGAACCCUUCUCCCAGCAGGGCGAGGGCCUUCCCACCCCUCAACGGGGCGGACUGCGUGUGCGGCCCCCUAAAGAAGCAACAGGCGACCCCAUCCUCCUCCCAGCCGGGAAAUGCCGACACCCUCGACCCUCCCGCUCUUCACCUCCGGAAGCCGGGCCGAAGCCUAGACGAAAGACCGCGCCUCACUCCGCCCCCUGCGCCAUUUUGUCGCCCCCCUCCCCGACCUCCCCCACCCCGAAGCAGCCGGGCCAGAGCCAGGGGUAG